GUCCAUUCGGACCACGGGCUCGACGCCGACCUCAACGACCAUGGCGGCAACGGGCCCAACGCCGACCUCAAUGACCAUAGCGACGACGGGCUCGACGCCGACCUCAAUGACCAUGGCGACGACGGGCUCGACGAAGAGGAUUUUACUUUCGAAUACGAAGCCGCGCUCUUUCAC